CAUAUUUCAGUGAUGGAAUUGUUACGCUUUAUUACGUACACGUUUAUCACGUUUACUACCCUAAUAUGUUUGACGGAAGCAGAUUGGUUUGAUGAUUUGGUAAAUAAUUUACAUGGUAAAAUUGUUUCCGGUGCUGAUUAUAUUAAAGAUAAAGCUGCUCCAACAGUACGUGAAACAUUUGAUGAAGCUAAAGCUAAACUAAAAGAUCCGGAAACACAUCGACGUAUUCAGCAAUGGGUUAAAGAAGAAGCUAUUCCAGCAAUAAAAGCAAAAAUUGAUGCAUUAAUUAAUUUUAUGAAGAAAGAAGUUGUACCAGAAUUACAAGAUAUCAAGAAAGCUUAUGAUAUUGCAGCUGAAAGUGAUAACAGUGAUAAGCAAAUAUCAAAUUGA